UAGGAGCUCCUCCAGGCCAAGAUGCUCAGCUGUGUUCUUUGUGCCUGAAGCCGAAAGCCUCCCAGCACUGAAUCAUAAAUUGCCACACCAAGGACUGGAUGCCUGAACAGUUCCUUACCUUCUGUAGUGGCAGUGGGAGGAAGGUCUGCUUGUGCUUACUGGUGAUUGCUGACACCAGUGCACUUCCAUGCUGCCUCACUGGAAUGCAGGGCCUCGUAGGAAUCCAGGGGCACAAUUUUUUCCUGUGGUGAUUUAUAGCUACCAAUAACCUUCCACAGUGGUUGCCUUAUCAACUUAUUAUUUUGACAUCUGCUCUUGUUAGUAAACAGAAGUGAACUAACGCAGAGCUAAGUACUCCUAAUCUCAAGAGAGAGGCGUCGUACAGUAUGUUCUGUACAAAACUGAAAGACUUGAAGAUCACAGGAGAAUGUCCUUUCUCCUUACUGACUCAAGGUCACAUUACGGAGGAACAUGACAAGGACUGCACAGAAAACAGCUCUAGAGCAGCUUUGCCCAUCUGCAAAGAAGUCCAUGAAAAAGAUGGUCAAGGAAACCUUCCACAAAGGAAAACGAGCAGAAGUAGAGUGUACCUGCACACACUGACUGAAAGCAUCUGCAAACUAAUCUUUCCUGAGUUUGAAAGGCUAAAUCUUGCACUGCAGAGAACACUUGCAAAACACAGAAUAAAAGAAACCAGAAAAACUGGUGAUAGAGAAGAUUUUGAAAAAAUAAUCAGUGAUCAUGCUAAUGCAGCAGGUGUUCCCGUGGAGUCUCUACGGGAAUCUCUUGGUGAAGAGCUAUUCAAAAUAUGCUAUGAAGAGGAUGAACACAUAUUAGGGGUUAUUGGAGGCACCCUUAAGGACUUCUUGAAUAGUUUCACUACUCUGCUGAAGCAGAGUAGCCACAGCCAAGAAGCAGGAAAAAAGGACAGACUUGAAGAUGCCUCCAUAUUAUGCCUGGAGAAAGAUCAGGACUUCUUAAAUGUUUAUUAUUUCUUUCCUAAGAAAAUCACAAGUCUUAUUCUACCUGGUAUCAUUAAAGCAGCAGCUCAUAUCUUGUAUGAAACUGAGGUGGAAGUGAUGCUCAUGCCUCCUUGUUUCCAUAAUGACUGCACUGAGUUUGCUAAUCAGCCUUAUUUGAUGUAUUCUAUACAAGUCAAAAGUGCAAAACCUUCCUUAUCUCCGUGUAAGCCACAGUCUUCACUUGUGAUUCCUGCCUCUGUGUUCUGUAAGACUUUUCCAUUUCAUUUUAUGUUUGACAAGGAUAUGUCAGUUCUUCAAAUUGGAAAUGGGAUAAGAAGACUUUUGACCAGGAGAGAAUUUCAAGCUAAGCCAAAUUUUGAAGAGUAUUUUGAAAUUCUUACCCCCAAAGUAAGCUGCACUUUCAGUGGAAUAAUGACAAUGCUAAAUAUGCAGUUUACGGUACGAGUUAGAAGAUGGGAUAAUACUGAUAUGAAACCGUCCAUGGUAAUGGAUCUUAAAGGCCAAAUGAUCUAUAUUUUUGAAUCCAGUGCCAUUCUAUUCUUGGGAUCUCCCUGUGUGGACAGACUAGAAGAUUUUACAGGACGUGGAUUGUACCUCUCCGAUAUUCCCAUUCACAAUGCUCUAAGAGAUGUUGUUCUGAUAGGAGAGCAGGCCAGAGCCCAGGAUGGACUGAAGAAGAGAUUAGGAAAGCUAAAGGCAACCCUUGAGCAGGCCCAUCAAGCACUUGAAGAAGAGAAGAAGAAGACUGUAGAUCUUCUAUUUUCAAUUUUUCCUGGAGAGGUUGCUCAGCAGCUGUGGCAGGGACAAGUUGUACAAGCCAAGAAAUUUAAUAAUGUCACAAUGCUUUUUUCUGACAUUGUUGGAUUCACUGCCAUCUGUUCCCAAUGCUCACCUAUGCAGGUUAUCACCAUGCUUAAUGAGCUUUAUACUCGCUUCGAUUACCAAUGUGGAGAGCUAGAUGUCUACAAGGUUGAGACUAUUGGAGAUGCCUACUGUGUUGCUGGAGGCUUACACAAAGAAAGUGAAACGCAUGCUGUUCAAAUAGCACUGAUGGCCCUGAAGAUGAUGGAACUGUCAGACGAGGUGGUGUCUCCCCAUGGAGAGCCUAUCAAGAUGCGUAUUGGCCUUCAUUCUGGAUCCGUCUUUGCUGGAGUUGUUGGGGUUAAAAUGCCUCGUUACUGCCUUUUUGGAAAUAAUGUAACCCUUGCCAAUAAGUUUGAAUCUUGUAGUAUACCUAGAAAAAUAAAUGUGAUUAAUUUUUGUUCUAGGUUGUUAAAGGAAUACCCAGGUUUUGUGUUCACACCGCGCUCAAGAGAGGAGCUUCCACCAAAUUUUCCGAGUGAUAUCCCUGGAAUUUGCUAUUUUCUGGAUGCUUAUAUUCAAGGAACAAACUCACAGACUUGGUUUCAAAAGAGAGAUUUGGGAGAUGGCAAUGCCAAUUUUUUUGGUGAGGAAACAGGAAUAGACUAAAUUAUACAUUCACAAAUGUAUAGAAUAAAUCUAUAAAUAUUUGGAUUUUUUUUUUUUUUUGUAUAAAUUGAAAAUUUUUAAAACUGUAUGAAACAUGAAAGCACUUUAGAUUGUUAACACCUGAAAGCCAGUAUUAAAAUUUCAGGAAGUAUGUCACUGACUACUUUUUAUUUUUCUUUUGCAUAAGGAACAUAGUCGCUAAAGUAAUGUUGCAAUGUCACUGUUGGAAAUGCUACUAUAAACUGUAUUUUCCCUGUGGUAAUUUGUAAGUGCUACAGUUCUCUCUAUACUGAGAAUUCUAGAUGUAUUGUAUAUGCAGUUUGUCAGGAAGUGUACUGUGCAAGUGAUGCAGCCACAUGCAGUGUUGUGAGCUGGUGCUUAUCAAUGACUAUGAAAAUGUAUUUUCUUAGAGAUUCCAUGAGAAAAUGUCCAUUAAAAUAUUGUCAUUGCCAUCACAUACUUCUUCCAGUGCCAUCAUUUGGGCCCCAUCCUAGAAGGCUGCUGACCAUCUUCUCACACUGACUGGUCAAAGUAUGAGGGUGCUCAGCAUUUUCUGGAUCAGGCUGCUAAUUGUAGCUAAUACACAUGCAUAGCAGAGUUGCUGCUUACUGUUUCAUGAACUUUAUUUCAUGUAUAAAAUGAAUACAGAUUAAAACACUGUAUAAUCACAUGCUAACAUCUCUGUAAUCGUCAAAUUAUUAUAGUUCUUAGGGUUUUUAAAGUACUUAAAAAUAAUAAUAUCCACUUGUUAUUAUGUAUUAAAGCAAUAAAUGUUUUCUUUUUGUUGUCAUUUAAAUUUGAAAUGUUUUACCAGAAGUGUAAUAAAACAUGCUUUGGAAUGUUUGCUUA